GCGCGCACGCGCGGAGCCGCGGCGGCCAUCGCGGUGCUGUUUGGGGCGCUGGGGCCCUCCUAGCUUCGCUGCGCAGCAGGUGCCGGAUCCUGUCACCGGCUGCGUCCCUGGGACCCUGGCAUUGCUGCUGUCCUCCGCAGAGGCAGUCACCUUUCCUGGCCCCCUCGCCCCGGCGCCUCAGCCCUCGGCUCCACGCAGUCCUGUUGCCAGUGCAUGUCUGGGAAGAUGCUGCCUCUGGAGAAGGUGUUGGCCUCCCCCCGAAGCUCCCCGACCCCCCCAGAAGUGCCCACAGAAGGGUCUGCAGACACGGAUGGGUCUGUAGACACGGUCCAGCAAGAGGAGCCUGAGACCGUCCCUGAGAGGACCCCUGCAGACCUCGAGUUCUCCCGCCUGCGCUUCCGGGAGUUUGUCUACCAGGAGGCGGCCGGGCCCCACCAGACCCUGGCCCGGCUUCACGAGCUGUGUCGCCAGUGGCUGCGCCCCGAGGCCUGCUCCAAGGAGCAGAUCCUGGAGAUGCUGGUGCUGGAGCAGUUCCUGGGCAUCCUGCCCGACAGGGUCCGCCCCUGGGUGGUAGCCCAGUACCCUGAGAAUUGCAAGAAGGCGGCCUCUCUGGUGGAGGGCCUCACGGACGUCCUGGAGGAGCCAGGGAUGCUGUUGUGUUCCCCGGCUGGGUCGUCUUCUGGUUUGAGUGAGGGAGUAUAUGAGAGGCACCCCGACCCCCUGCUGCUACCAGGUGGGCUAGGAAGCCCCAGAGACCUUGAGGAUAUCCCAGUGCCUCCCGAUACUCCGCUGCCGUGCCUUCUCCCGGCCUGGCCUGCCCUGGAGCCCAUGCUCCUGGACCAGGGGAGCUCUGGGGGAGAGAAGACUGAGGCCAAAGCCGAGCGGACGCCGUCAGAGUCGUUUCCGGAGGAACCUCUGCACUCGGAGGAGUGGGCCCACCUGGACACUGCAGAGGAGAACCUGAGGAGCUACAGGAAGCUGCUCCUGUGGGGGUACCAGUUUGCCCAGCCCGAUGCUGCAUCCAGCCUGGAGGCAGAGGAGCAACCCUUGGUGGAAGGCGAGGGGUCAGGAGGCAGCCUCCCAGGCGCUGGGAAGCCAGAGGAGGGCACGGAGGACAUACGCGAGGCAGGCACCGCGGGUGAGGAAGGUGGCUCGCAGGAAGCGCCGGCAGAGAGGCUGGCGGGGGACGCUCCCGGGGACCCUCCGAUGGAUACCACCCCAGAGGAGGAGCAGCAGUCCCCGACAGCGCCUGAGGCCGUGGGUGAGGAUUCGGGCCGCGUCAGCCCCUCCCAGAAGCAGAGAGCCCUCUGCCCCUCGGAGGACAAGGGCGAAGCACGUCCAGACAGCCCGCAGCAAGGCACCGGGACCAAGCGGCCCCACCCUGAGGACGAGGGUGCCCAGGGCCCCGAGCGUGCCGCCCGCCAGAGCAGCCGCCAGCCUGGGGACACCACUGAGCCUGAUGGCCAGGAUGAGAAGCCCCCGGCCGGGCAGGACGCGGGCACCUCUGCCUCAGGCGGUCCUGAGGCCGAGGAGCCUGGAGUGUCCGGAGGGAAGCCCUACCCCUGCAGCGAGUGCGGGGAGACCUUUGCGUGGCUCUCCCACCUCAUGGAGCAUCACAGGAGCCAUGGCAGCAAGAAGCUCUGCGCCUGCCAGGGCUGCUAGGAACGCCCUCCGGCCAGCCGGAUCAGAGGCCCACGGGAGCCUCUGCACCUGCCCUGCGGCACCACAAGUGAGCUCGCUCCAGCGGGGGUCGGAGGCUUCCUGGUGUGUGGAGGGUGGGCCCGGGGCGUGGACACCAGCCACCACGCUGCGUGUCCUUGAAGUGGCAGUGACUGGCUGGGGCUCCUUCCAGACCUGUGGGGUGGGCUUCCUGCGGUCUUUGGAUACACGUCAGCUUGUUUCCUGAGUGGGCGAAGGUGGCCGAGGCAGCCAGAGCAGAAGCCUCCAGGGGAACCCUCAGCAUCCCGGCAGGUACUGUCGUGGGCGCCCGCCGACCCAGCCCUGCAGCCAGCCUGCACCGCGGCGUCCGGCUGUGGGCCAUGUGCAGUGUCCUCCCUCGGUGUGUGUGAUCUGUGGGCACCGUCUCCAAGUCCCCUUCACGUCGACUGCUCCUGUUUGAGCUCCCUGUUGUUCAGGCAGAAUUGUUGCCAGAUGUUCUGGCCUCUCGUAAGUAUGUGAUGUCAAAGCAGAAACUUCCCUCGUUCAGCUCACCGUCUGCACCUGUGUGGAGUGGCUUACGAAGACCACGAAUCAGCUGGAGCCUGUAGUGCAGGGUUUUCAGACCAUGGGUUCCAGCCCAUUAGUGAAGCGUGAAUUCAAGUUAGUGGGUGGCCAGAGCAUCGCUGAGCAGCGGAGUAACUGCAGUGGUCAGUGUGCACCCCAGAGUAAAGGCUGUGUCCCGAGGAUGAGAACUGGCCUCCACGUGAAGUCUUACCAGGGGCGAUCGCAGCAGGCUGGGCACACCAACAGGCCCGAAGUGUCCGCCUGCCUGAGCACAGGGAACUGGACCCCUUGGGCCAGGUGAGGUGCCCUGAUUCUGCGCUUGAUCUCAGAUUAGAGUGUUGUUUCUGUUGCCUGAGCAUAGAUGUAACUGCUCCCUGUAGGUAAGGGUGCCUCCUCCUGUCUGUGUCUGAGCCAGCGAGUUGUGACACCCCAAGUCAGAGGCUUGAUGUAAUAAAGUAUUUAUUUCUUCACUCA